AUGUACAAUAAAGUACGAACACGAACAUACUCUGUUGCUUCAAAGCAGGGGCCUCCUAAUUCUUCGUCUGUUUCCUUAGUUGACCUUUUAGACAGGUCAGAAAUACCAAAGGUCAGAUUGAACCCACCCGUAUACCAAAUCUCUAACAAAUAUUAUGCUAGCCGUUGCUUCGACAUUUUGAAAAAAUGCACCUCAUGGCAUUCCGGUUACGUUGGUUUUGAUACUGAGACUACAGUUCACAGACAACGAAACCAUAGAUUAGUUUCAAUGAUACAAAUUGCCACGCGUGAUUUGUGCUUUUUAUUUCAAGUGUAUCGUAUUACACAGGGGAAUUGUAAAGAGUUUCCGCCAAUACUUCGUCAAUUUUUAAGUAAUCCGGAUAUUCUAAAAGUUGGAGUCAAUGCGACUCAUGAUGCAGAAUGGCUAAAAAAAUCAUAUGACAUUCAAUGCCAAGGAAUUGUUAAUCUCGAGGACAUUGCUAAAGAAAAAGGUUAUUCAGCGGGAUCAUUGUCAGAGUUAACGUUAAUGUUUGGUGAUCCAGGGCUUGUUUUGGAAAAAAAUAAAAGAAAGAUAUUAAAAUGGAAUUUUGAUGCAGCAAUAUUGGAUCCUGAAUUAAUAUUAUAUGCAUCAACUGACGCAUUCGCUGGAAUUCAAGUGUAUGAGAACAUUCUUGAAGAUAGGAUGAAUCCUGAUUAUUUAAACUAUGAAAGCAUGAAUCCGAUGUCUAGGGAAGAUGAAGAAAAAGAGAUUUAUGAAUUGCUUUUAAGUUCUUAUCCGAAAGGCAAAGCCCAUAAACUGAAUACUCUUGUCAGCUUACUUGAAAAUAAGUAUGGCCGUUGGAUUAAGACCAAACCAAAGAAGCUUGAUCGACACCUUGAAGUGAAUAAAACAAUUGAAAAGCUUAUCAAAGAUGGACGUCUUAUCGUUGUCGAAGAGGAAAAACAAGUAGAUGGAGUUGAUGAACAAAAUCAAAAUGCCGAAUCCAGUAAUGAAAUUCAAAGUCUAGAAUUCGCGAGUGCUGUCAUCGACAAAGUCGAUACGUUGGUCAAACUUCCUGGCAUAUCGAUUGAAACUAUUGUUUCAAGUUCUUACGCAGAUCAAUUUUUCAUUUCGAAAGGCCUUAGUUCAGAUGAAUGCGAUUUUUUGAAAGAAAUUUCAUCAUACAUAUUGAAAGCCACAAAAAAAGAGUCUCUGGUACAUAUAUAUAUUAACAAUGGGAAAAAACAAUCUUUGGCUAAAGAUGAUCGAGUAAUUAAGGAAAAGCUCGAUGCUUUGAGUCUAAAAGGAGCUUUAAUACCAGGUAACAAGUGGAAUACUCUUAUGUUCCAUCCUGAUUGGCUAACAGAAUUGGAAAAGGGUUACGAAGAAUUCAUAACUACUCAAGAACAAGUUAAAGAGCACGUCUGCAAUCUGUAA